AUGCUAAGAGAACAAGAUGAAUUGGAUUUUGCUAUAUACCUGAUCAACAAGUCUACUGGCCAAGAGGUAACCAAACUAAAUUCUCCAGAAAUUAUGAAAAUUUUGUCGAAUCCACACAGCCCUUUUGAUAUUUAUCGAGUAAAAGUAACUGUUGAGGGUUGUAAUGUUCUUCUUGUCCUUCUUGUUGUUCUUAAAAUAUCAUUGAGCCAAAAGGGCAAAUCAAAAGUUGUUCAAGAAAUUAAGAAUGUGCCUCAAAAACGCUUUUCUGUGAUCCUUGAUAAAUUACUUGGUUGGGCCGAUGAAUCUGAGAAGAAGCUCAGGAGUUACACCCAGCAGCAAUUCUCAAUCGUUGGAUUGAUAUCACCAGUUCAUCAAUAUUUAUUUCUCCAUGUGGCUUUUUCCAAGCCUUGCUAUAAGCUAAAUUCUCUUCUGUCUAAAGCUUCUGUUAUGGGGUCUCUUUUCAUGGAAGGAGUACGAGGUGGAGGGGGAGCUUUUGGUUAUGGGAAUUUACUGUGCAAUAAUAAGUCUUCUGUUUAUAAACCUAGUCCUCCGUUAUCUGCUAUAGACAGGUUUUUAGGGGGUCAAAACCACUCUUCUCAUCAUGAUCAGCAGUAUUCAACGCAAAACGACAUGAAGAUCAGCAAAGGAACAGUACUUGGUUCAUCAACUACCGAUGGGUUGCUGCGCGGUUUCUCCUUCUCUAGUGUGGCAAUUGGUGGCUAUUUAGCUGGGGUUUCAUGGCAAAGUAACCUUGAGGAAAGCUUCGUUGAUGGUCUUUUAGUAGAUGGGGACAGCCUUGCUUUGACAGAUGAUAAAAACCCUAACAUGGAAAUGAAAGAAUUGAAAGUUUCAAUGAAGAGUUUCCCUAAAGGGGUGGGGGAGAGAAACAAGAAAGUUGCUUCUGCAGCUUUGGUCAAGGGUCAGUGGACAGAUGAUGAAGACAGGAAACUGAUAAGACUGGUGAAGCAAUAUGGAGUGAGGAAAUGGGCACAGAUAGCUGAGAAUUUGGUUGGUAGAGCCGGAAAACAGUGUCGAGAGAGAUGGCAUAAUCAUUUACGGCCUAAUAUCAAGAAAGAUAGCUGGAGUGAAGAAGAAGAGAGAAUAUUAGUUGAAGCUCAUGGCAAGGUUGGCAACCGAUGGGCCGAGAUUGCAAAGUUCAUCCCUGGUAGAACUGAAAAUGCCAUAAAAAACCACUGGAAUGCUACAAAAAGGAGGCAAAACUCAAGGAAGAAGAAUAAACAAAAUGAUAAUAAAAAUGGCAAAGCUCAAUCAUCUAUUCUUCAAGACUACAUUAGAAGCCAAAAUCUGAAUAGCAACAACCGCACCACGAACAUCCCCUCGAUCAACUGCUCUACUACUUCCACCACCCCUUCUAGCUCCACAUUCUCUGAAGACUUGUCUAGUCAAUUCAAAUAUUUUCUCCCUGAAGAACCAUCCGAAUCCUAUGAUUCUCAGCCUUUGAUUGCUCAAACAUAUGAUGAAGAACUGCUUUUCAUGCAAAACUUCUUUUCAGAUAAUAACAAUAAUACUCAGGCGUCCGUUGAUUAUUGCCAAACCAGAAGUCCAACUGAGGUGAAGUCAAUCCUUGCUGAUCAUAACCUAAGCAAUGGUUCUUCAACCAUUAACUGCCCCAGAUUUAAUUAUGAGGUAAAUGAUGUUCAGCAGUGGCCUAAUCCAGCUGAUCAUUGUGGCUUCUCCUCUUCCAUUAUAGACCCAAACUUCUUUACAAAUAGCCUUGAAGAAAAAGAGCCUCGAACCACCUAUCUGUUUUCUGAUCUCUACCUGUCUCGUCUGUUGAAUAUUGGAGCAACUACUUCUUCAUUUUGCACUGGCCAGGGCUACAGUACCAAUAUGAACACGAACCCCUUGUCGGAGCAAGCUUCUUCAGAUGGAAGAAAAGAGAUGGACUUGAUUGAGAUGGUUUCUUCCUCUCAAUUCUGCCCGUAGCAACAUAUUUUGCUCUUUUGAGUCUAUUUCAUUUUAUGCUAUCUUAGUUAAGAACAAUCCUAGUUCUUAAAGGAUUCAACCAUAAAAAGUACUAGCAAGCAGCUUUGCUAAUGGGGUUGGUUGUUUUCCACU